AUGUUAUUGUUGUUAUGUGAAACGUGAAUGAGUGAUUAUUGUAAUUGAAUAGCUUCUGCAAUUCCAAAAAUACAAAACGGUGUGACUAAUAACUAUAAACGUUUGCAUUGAAGAAUAGCAAAUUCGAAACCAAAGUUUUGAAACAUAAACUUUGCAAAAUUAUUAACUAAAAAUUUUCAACUCUACUAUGAAUCUAUUAUGAUUAUCACGCGCUUUGCAUAUUUUAAGAUAAUCGCAACGAAUGAAAUUUAUGAAUUGAUUUGAACAGCCUUUCACGCGUAAUCAGAACACUUUGAACAUAACACGUCUAAAGUUCAAUUAAAGAAAAGUAAUAAUUGUUGACACAAAAUGGUUGCACAAUCAAAGCUAAGUCAAGUCUUCAGUUAUGAAUCUUGGAUACAUGCCGUUUCUGGAGCAGCCGGUGGCUGCAUUGCUAUGAGCACUUUCUAUCCACUUGACACUGUUCGGUCGCGUUUACAACUUGAAGAUCCAGAUAAAAAUGGAGAGGCGCGUAGUACCGUAAAAGUUCUUAAAGAGAUUAUAACUGGCGAAGGCUUCCAGGCAUUGUAUCGCGGUUUGGGACCGGUUAUACAAAGCCUGUGUAUUUCAAAUUUUGUAUAUUUUUAUACAUUCCACAGCUUAAAAGCUUUAACUGUGUACAGCAAGCAACAGUCUGCUUUAAAGGAUCUAUUCCUAGGCACAAUUGCCGGUAUUAUUAAUGUAUUUACUACCACCCCUUUUUGGGUCGUAAACACGCGCGUUCGAAUGCGUAAUGUAGCAGGAACUUCAGACGAUGUCAAUAAACACUACAACAACUUGAUCAGCGGUCUGUUGUAUGUUGCUAAAACUGAAGGCAUUCGUGGUCUAUGGUCUGGUACUAUACCGUCACUAAUGCUUGUCUCUAAUCCAGCUUUGCAGUUCAUGAUGUAUGAACUAUUAAAACGUAAUCUAACGAAAUUCACAGGCACUGAGAUAUCAAGUUUGGGUUUCUUCCUAAUUGGUGCGCUUGCCAAAGCUUUUGCUACUGUACUCACAUAUCCUUUACAACUAGUCCAAACGAAACAACGUCAUCGCACAAAUACCACUCAAGAGAACAACAAAUCAGCUCCAGCAUCAAAUGACGCGAGUAUGAUGGCAAUUAUGUUGAACAUACUACAACAUCAAGGAUUUAAGGGUCUUUUCCGUGGUUUAGAAGCAAAAAUAUUACAAACCGUGUUAACGGCAGCGCUUAUGUUCAUGAUUUAUGAGAACAUUUCAUCCACGGUGAAAGUGUUAUUAAAUAGGACAUCUGCAGCGCUCAAAUAGAUUUAAAAAUAUUCACUUUGUGGAUAUUCAUACAAGUACAUAUAAUUUAUUUAUAUUGUUUUUUCUUUAAUGGUAUGAUUAUUUUUUAUAUAUUUACAUAAAUUGAAUUGAAUCGUAUAAAAGUUCUCAAACUUUGUUAAAAAGGCUUUUGUUGUGUUUGGGAAUUUUUUGUUAUAAAAAAUAAUUUGCUAACAAUCAUGA